GCCAACCGGCCUAUUGCAGACCCCUAUUUUCUUAUGUUCUUUCUUAUUUUCUUAUGUAAAUUCAUCUCGUCAGAGAGGGGCGUGCCGGACUGUUUGGAGGGAUGUGUAUGUUCAAGUAACGGCUCCACGUGUGAGUGUAAGAGCGACUCCCGCGCCUCCAGCAGCCCAGAUGUGGACGGUGGAUGGGCGUGGGUGGUGGUGGUAGCCGCCUUCUUCCAGUUCUUCGUCUCCUCCGGGAUGUACUACUCCUUCAGUGUAUUUUUCGUGGAACUGCUGCAGAGCUUCGGGGAGACGCGAGCCAAGACGGGGUGGGUAUAUUCUACCAACUCGGCGGUGCACAUGUUCUGUGGGCCCCUGGGGGGGUGGGUCAUCUCACGCUGGGGUCCCCGCACCGCCGUCAUGCUUGGGGGCGUCUUCGCUGGCCUUGGCAACAUCAUGACCGCCUUUGCCCCAAGUCUGGAUGUUGUCUUCGUUACACACGGCUUCAUUAAUGCUGUUGGGACGAGCCUCAACUUCUCUGGGUGGAUUGUGGGUCUGGCCAGGUUCUGGCAGCGUGGCCACGCCUUGGCCGUGGGUGUGGCUAUGUCCGGCUCCGGCUUUGGGGUGUUCGUGCUGGGCCCUCUUAUGGAGACUCUCGUGCAGGAAUAUGGCUGGCGUGGGGCAAUGCUCAUCUGUGCCGGCAUGUCGUUUAAUUUCAGCGUCUUUGGUGCUACUAUAUACAAGUUGAGGCGACCGUCGUUGGCAAAGGGACUUUACCGAGAAGACCAAAGACUGAUGAUUGUUGUGGAAGACGUAGGUAAGCCUGAGGAUGGCUAUGAUAAUACUCAUACUGAAACUAGUGAGGAGAGUUUCCACAGCAGCGACAUCAGUAGAUCUGAGACCAGUUUGAAGAAUGACCCAUUGAAGGAGACGCUGGCUAUGCCCUCACUGGUGGGAGCUGGCAGUGUAUGGUCACUGGCACACUAUGACCACGACAAACAACAUAACCCACGACUACGAGGCUGGUUAUCUUCCUUGAGGCGCGGCAAUACACACACCACGCCCAAGUAUCAACAAGGUGGAGCAGAUGAAAGUGGCAUGGCACGACGGCUACUGUGCUCUCCCACAUUCUGGCUGCUGGAGGCGUCGUGUUUUCUAAGCUUCAUGGCGACCACCACGAUGUUCGCCGUCUUCCUUGACUGGACAGUGUGGUCGGGGCUAGGAGUGGCUUUCUCAGGCGCCUUGGCCGGUAGUGGUGCUGGCGACCUGUUGGGCCGCGUACUGGCCGGGGCGCUCAUGGGUCGUGGGCUGCCGCCCCUUAUUUUGUUUAGUGGGAUACAGAUCUUAUUAGCCUUUACCAUUGGUUGUGCGGCGAUCUCCUCAACCCCCGGGCAGUUGGUGGCAUCCAUGGUGGGUAUGGGCGUCGCUUGUGGGCUGCAGAGUGUGUUGUACGCCCUCAUGCCCUCACAGCUCAGCUCUGGCGUGGGUGUUGGCCGUGUACUUGGCUACCUCCUCUUCGUGACAGGAGCGGGAGCCCUAUUGGGGCCUCCUAUAGCAGGCGUUAUUGUGGACCAGACGGGGUCUUACGCUCCUGUGUUGAUGUUGUGUGCAACAGCUCCGGCCGCUGCAGCCGUCCUCAACUUUGCAGCACACUGCACUUCCCGCACAGCCAAAUCUCCACUAAAAUCACCACCUCCACAACCUUACGACACCAUUUGAAUAAACGCUUGUGUUAC